CGGAUCCUGGAGGAAAAUUUGCCGAGAGAAGUUGUGAAUAUGUCGGGAAUCCAAACAGUGAGGAGUUUGGUCAAAUUCAGACAGACUGUGGCUGCCGAAGAGAUUUUGGAGCUGUUUGAAAGGAAGCUAGCAGAGUAUGAGGAGGAAAUUUCUCGUUUGAAAGUGAAGAACCAACGACAACAAAAACUACUGGACGCUGUUUUUAACCCCGAAGUCCAGUUACACAGAGCAGAUGUCCAGCAGCUGAUUGUGACGAAAGAAGAGUUUUUCUAUAGGCAGCAGAAGAGGAGUUCCAGUCUGAAUCAGGAGGAGUCACCAGAACCAGCACACAUUAAAGAAGAACAGGAGGAACUGUGUAUCAGUCAGGAGAGAGCACAGCUUGAAGGAGCAGAGGAGCCCACUACCAAAGCGUGCACAUUCAAUUCUUUUUCUGUGAAGAGUGAAGAACAGGAUGGAGAGAAACCUCAAUCCUCUCAGUUUGAAGACCACCAAAGUGAAGAGAAGAGAGACACGGAAGGAGAGGACUGUAGAGGGUCAGAAGCAAACAGAGACUUUAAUCCAGACUCUGAUUUACAACCAGUUACUCCUGACAAGACCUCACAGCUUUCUGGAUCUGAGACUGAUGACAGUGCUGAUUGGGGGGAUAGUGAUAGACUUCAGGAAGGUUUAAUCCAUCUACAAGACAAUGACACAGCUGUAAGUGAUAAAAAUUCUAACAGUGGAAGUGCAUUAGUUACCUCCUCUAAAUGUGCUCAUAACUUUGGACAGCAGAAAAAAGAGCAGAAAAACAGAGAAAAUAACGCAGGAGAGAAACCAUUUAGUUCCUCAUUUUGUAAAAGAAAGUGUCUUAGAAAACAGCACAUCAGAGUCCACACAGGGGAGAAACCAAUCAGCUGUUCAGUUUGUGGUAAAAGAUUUUCUCGACAAGGAAGUCUAAAGGACCACUCGGGUGUCCACACAGGGGAGAAACCAUUUAGCUGUUCAGUUUGUGGUAAAAGAUUUUCUCGAAGAGGAAUUCUAAAGAAACACUGGAGUAUCCACACAGGGGGGAAACCGUUUAACUGUUCAGUUUGUGGUAAAAGAUUUUCUCAAAGAGAAGGUCUAAAGAUACACUUGAGUGUCCACACAGGGGAGAAACCAUUUAGCUGUUCAGUUUGUGGUAAAAGAUUUUCUCAACAAGGAACUCUAAAGGAACACUCAAUUGUCCACACAGGAGAGAAACGGUUUAGCUGUUCAGUUUGUGGCAAAAGAUUUUCUCGAAGAAGAAUUCUAAAGGAACACUCAAGUAUCCACACAGGGGAGAAACCAUUUAGCUGUUCAGUUUGUGGUAAAAGAUUUUCUCGACAAGGAACUGUAAAGAAACACUUAAGUGUCCACACAGGGGAGAAACCAUUCAGUGGUUCCUUGUAGUUAAAAUGUUUGUGAUCAAAGUUUCACAAAUCUAGUGCAUUUGAAAAAUCACAAGUGUAUUGCCAUCAGCAGUGGAAAUCCAGAAUAAGAUGUUUGUCAGUUCAUCUUUCUAGCUAAGAAGAAGCAUCUCAGUGAUUGAAGUUCUGCUUUUUCUCCUGUAUUUAGUUCUUGUUUCCACCUCUUAGCUCUGUUAAAUGUUAAGUGUUGAGUUCAUUGAGGAUUAAUGUUGGAUCUUCGUCCCUACCAUAACAAAAACUUCUCUGUUUGUAAU